GAGAGAGAGGCGCAGAGACAUACGGUCACUGGAAUUCCAUCAGAAAAAAAAGUGAGGCGAGCAAGGCUUAGCGGGAGAAGAUUUUUCUAAUCCUUUCUUCAUUUUGGUGAGAAAGAAGCGACUCUACUCUCUUUCGACCAAGCUCUUAUUGGAUUGCUCCUUGGCUUAACCACCCGUUUUUGGAUUUCUUUCGGUUUUUGCAUUUUAUUGCGACCCCCGGCCAGUCCCAUCCUUCCUCUCCCACCCUAUUCUCUCGUCCCUUUCCAUUUCCUAGCCCCGUCUCUCUUAUUUGGAGGGGCUCUGGAAUAGUACUGGCUGUGACUCGCACAUCCCUGGAGAAGGGCUAAAGAGACGUCUAACAGAAGGAGUGAUAUCGGUUUCUUUCUUCUUCUUCUUUUUUUUUUAAAUUAUUUUAUUUUUUGAGAAGGGACCAGCGAGAGAUUCCCCAGCAGCCCUGCCUUUACCCCCACCCCUUCAACAUCCCUUUCCAGCCAGAGGAGAAAAUAGCAGGGGCACAAGAUCGUCAUCUGGUGGAAUAUCUGGGAUCACCGCAUUGGAUUUGGGACUGAUUAUUGCUGUUUGACUAUUAUUGUUAUUGGUUGUGUUGUUUUUUUUUUUUAAAAGCCCAAGAGGGAAAGGGCAAAAACUGUUGGAUUUAUUUAACAUGAUCUUAGCAAACACCUUUUGCAUCCUCUUCUUUUUGGACGAGUCCCUGCGUUCCCUGGCCAGCCCCUCCUCCCUGCAGGGCUCAGAGCUCCACGGCUGGCGGCCCCCCGUAGACUGUGUCCGGGCAAAUGAGCUGUGUGCAGCUGAGUCCAACUGUAGCUCCAGGUACCGCACCCUGCGGCAGUGCCUGGCGGGCCGAGACCGGAACACCAUGCUCGCCAACAAGGAGUGCCAGGCCGCCUUGGAAGUACUACAGGAAAGUCCCUUGUAUGAUUGCCGGUGUAAGAGGGGCAUGAAGAAGGAGCUGCAGUGUUUACAGAUCUAUUGGAGCAUCCACUUGGGGCUGACAGAGGGAGAGGAAUUUUAUGAAGCCUCACCCUAUGAGCCUAUCACCUCCCGCCUCUCAGACAUCUUCAGGCUUGCUUCAAUCUUCUCAGGGACAGGGGCAGACCCAGCCAUGAGCGCCAAAAGUAACCACUGCCUGGACGCCGCCAAGGCCUGCAACCUGAACGAGAACUGCAAGCGCCUGCGCUCCGCCUACAUCUCCACCUGCAACCGCGAGAUCUCCAACUUCGAGCGCUGCAACCGCCGCAAGUGCCACAAGGCCCUGCGCCAGUUCUUCGACAGGGUGCCCAGCGAGUACACCUACCGCAUGCUCUUCUGCUCCUGCCGCGACCAGGCCUGCGCCGAGCGCCGCCGCCAGACCAUCCUCCCCAGCUGCUCCUACGAGGACAAAGAGAAGCCCAACUGCCUGGACCUGCGGAACCUGUGCCGGGGGGACCACCUGUGCAGGUCCCGGCUGGCAGACUUCCAUGCCAAUUGUCGUGUCUCCUACCAGACAACCACCAGCUGCCCUUCGGACAAUUACCAGGCAUGUCUGGGCUCCUAUGCAGGAAUGAUUGGGUUUGAUAUGACGCCAAACUAUGUGGACUCCAACCCCACCAGCAUCGUGGUGUCCCCUUGGUGCAGUUGCCGAGGGAGUGGAAACAUGGAAGAAGAGUGUGAAAAGUUCCUGAAAGACUUCACAGAGAACCCAUGUCUCCGAAAUGCCAUCCAGGCCUUUGGCAAUGGCACAGAUGUGAAUGUGUCCCCCAAGAAUCCUGUGUUCCAUGCUACUCAGUCUCCUAAAAUGGAGAAGACCCCAUCCUUGCCAGAUGACCUCAGUGACAGCACCAGUCUGGGGACUAGUAUCAUCACUACCUGUACAUCUAUCCAGGAGCAGGGACUGAAACUCAACAAGUCCAAAGAGCUGAGCACGUGCUUCACAGAGCUCACCACGAACGUCAUCCCAGGAUCCAACUUUGUGGGAUCUCCUGACUCAGUUGAUGGCCGACCCAGACCUGUGAUCACCCUGACUGCAGUCACCUUCCUAUUGCUGACACUGGCAUUGUAGGUGAUGGGGAAGACCAUAUCUGAAGAUUUCCAAAAGCUACAAAACAUCACACACACACACACACACACACACACAC